AAAAUGUAAAGGUCCGCUCGGGGUGCUGCCCCUGCUCCAUCAUCACAUACUGCCAGAACAAGAGAAGAAAUAAUGAAUCAUCAGUUAGGGCCUUUAAUCGAAGCGUAGACAGUUUAUUUCAUAUGAUUUAAUAGCUGACUCCAUUUUCGAGUAGCUAAUACUCAGUAUAAUUUUCAGGCAGUGAAGUAUUAACGCUGCAGGGCUCGGUGGCCUGAUUUUUGUGGCUUUUAACGUUAAGCUAGCUAAACAAGCUCAGUCAAACUUGUACUUUUUUGUGAAAGAUGGCUGACAACGGAGCGCACCCGACUGAAGAGGACCCGGCCGCCGCUUUCCUGGCUCAACAGGAGAGUGAGAUAGCGGGGAUAGAGAACGACGGCGAGGCGUUUGGGGCGCUGGAAGGAGCGGGUGUCCAGCAGCCGCAGACGGUCAACUAUGACGGCUUUGAAGAGUCUGCCACGGUGAAUGGAGACAUGUUUCAGGAGUCCAAUGGCCCAACAGACAACUAUGCAGCCAUUGCCCAGGUGGAUAUUCAGAGGCAAGAACCUGAAAGUUUACGCAAAUGGAGGGAGGAGCAGAAGGCACGCCUUGAAGCAUUAGACUCGGCAUCCAAGGCAGCGGAGGAAGAGUGGAGAGUGAAAGCCAAGAAGGAGCUUGAGGACUGGCAUGUACACCAAAGUGAGCAGAUGGAGAAGAACAAGGCCAACAACAGACUCUGUCCAAGUCUGGCACGGAUUGCUGACAAGGCUUUCUACAAACAGCCCAACUCUGAUGUUAUAGGCUUUGUAGCAUCUGAGGAGGCUUUCCUGGCAGAGACUGACAGCAACAGCCCCGGAUCUGAAUGGGAGCGAGUAGCCCGUCUCUGUGACUUCAAUCCAAAAACCAACAAGCAAGCGAAGGAUGUUUCUCGAAUGCGAUCUGUGCUGAUCUCUCUCAAACAGGCACCUCUGGUUCGCUAGAAGAUGUCAGUGGGGGAGCUAGAAACAUUGCCUUUUAAUCUCACAUUGCAUCAGAAGGAUUUGUAUACCCUUUUGUGUAAAAAAAAAAAAAUCUGGUAUGUUUAUAACCUUUAAACACUUCCUGCCUUUAACAAUGCCUAUUAUAAUCAAGUAAUAUACUUAAUCUGACACUCAUGUGAGAGGAGGGCCUUUUGUUACAACAUCCUUUAGCUGGUCAGCUUCAUCACUGCUAUAUUAAGAAAAUAUUAUUACUGUAAAUUCAAUAAUUUCCUUUUUCCUUUAACUUAUAAAUUGUUAUUAGGUCAACUUUACUGCAUGCCUUCCUGAUAUUUUGGAUGCACAGUUUUAGUUGUUUUAAUAAAUUAGCAUUAUGGUCAAACACCCAAUGAUUAAGCACUGUUACAGAUUAGAUUGUAACCAGUUAUGCCUCUCAUCAACUGUAAACACAACCAUUAACCCGAGCACAUAUUUGGUGUAUUAUGUUAUAUCCCUAAUUACUGUAUUUAAGUUAGUUAGCAUACAUACGCAAGCUUGUGGCCUUUUUUGAUCUAGCUCUUAACUAAAUUUGAGCACUUAGCCGGAUGAAUUUCUCUCCAAUUUGGCAAAACUUCAGCAAAAAAAAUUAAAUAAAAAAACAACCAAAGAUUUCUGAUUUCAUCAAAGUUUUCAGAGUUCACGACUGACGGGUUGUUUCUCAUCUCACAAAUUUUUUGUCGGCAAAAGUGACCGUUUUCUGUUACACCAACAAAUUUUUUUACUUUUAUUUUUUAAUGCAUUAAGGGUUCAUUGUCAACAGCGACAUCUUCACAUUGUUUCACACGUUGCCUAUUUGGAUUUAAUGAAUAGUGAAAAAGUGAAUGUUAAAAGGGAACUGGAAAAUAAAAAAAUUAAAAAAAAGA